UUUACAACAACAAAAAUGGCAGCGCCCUUACUUCAGCAGCUUCCAGAAAAAUUAAGCCAUAAGCAGCGGAGAGCCUUCAUUAAGAAAGAGAGGAGGAGGAAGAAACGUCAGCUCAUUGCUAAGUUGAGAGAAGCAGAAGAAUUAAAAUCAGAAGAGCAAUCCGACUUUCUUCAAGAGGAAGAAGUAGCAGUGAAUGAAACAGAAGAAGCACAACUUGAGGCAGAAAGACAGAGAUUGCAUCAAGAGUGGCUGGAAAGAGAAGAGAAGGCCAAGGAAGAGUUCAUUUUGAAGAAGGAGAGAGAAGAAUGUGCACGAAGGCGGCAGGAAGAGGAAGAGAAGCGAAUCAGAGAAGAAUGGGAGGAACAACAAAGGAAAGAGCAGGCUGUGGAAGAUCAGAAGCAACAGGAGAAGCGAGAGCGAGAGGAGGCUGUGCAGAAGAUGCUGGAUCAAGCUGAAAACCAAUUAGGAAAUGGUGGUGUGUGGCAUAAUCCUGAGGCUCCAGUGGAUUAUGGAACAGAAAAAGAUAAAGCCAAUUGUCCCUUCUAUCUUAAAACAGGAGCAUGUCGGUUUGGUGAAAGGUGCUCUCGUAGACAUUCGUAUCCAUCUAUUAGUCAGACACUCCUUAUCCGAAAUAUGUUUGUUACUUUUGGAAUGGAGCAAUGCAAAAGGGAUGAUUAUGAUACAGAUGCAAGCUUGGAGUAUAGUGAUGAAGAAACCUACCAGCAGUUUAUUGAGUUCUAUGAAGAUGUGCUUCCCGAAUUUAAAAGUGCUGGAAAAGUUGUACAGUUUAAAGUUAGUUGCAACUUUGAACCUCACUUGAGAGGAAAUGUCUAUGUCCAAUAUCAAACGGAGGAGCAGUGUCAAGCAGCAUUUUCUCUCUUUAAUGGUCGCUGGUAUGCUGGAAAGCAGCUUCAUUGUGAAUUUUCCCCAGUAACACGAUGGAAAACUGCAAUAUGUGGUUUGUUUGAAAGACAGAAGUGUCCUAGAGGCAAGCAUUGUAAUUUUCUUCACGUAUUUAAAAAUCUGACAAAUGAAUUCUGGGAAGCAGACAGAGAUAUACGUGCAUCACCUGAGAGAAGUGUCCGUCAGCUUUCUGUAAGAAGCUCUGAAAGAAGGGAGAGACUGCACCACCAUGACUUCUACAACUGGUCGAGGAGGAGACGUAGUCCUAUCUCAUACGGAUCAUACAGAAGGAAUGGCGAAUCAGAAAGGAAAAGAAGAAGUGGUAGAAGCAGAGAAAGAAGACGAUAUCACCGAUCAAGAAGUCCUGAAAAGAGGCGGUCAAGGAGCAGAGGAAGAAGUAGAGAGAGAGCUAAAAGUCGCACUAAGUCAAGGUCAAGGAGCAGAGGUAGGAAACGGUCUCGCAGCAGAGGAAGAAGCAGAGACAACUCUCCAGUCAGAAGCAGCAGAAGGAGAAGGGCAAAAAGUAGUAGUAGUAAGUCACGAUCAAGAAGUUUCAGCAAGGGAAGGCGAUCUCAUAGCAGAGGAAGAAAUAGGGAAAGGUCAUCAAGUUGUGACGCACGAAAAUCCAAGAGCUGCAGCAGAGAAAGGACAGAAAGUUCAAGCAGCGAGUACUCGAGAAGCCUAAGUCCUAGUCCAGACAAUCAGAAUGCUAAAAAGAAAUUUAGCCAUGAAAAAGAAAGAAGCCAUUUGGAUAAUGCAUCUAAUGACUGUAAUGACAAAAAACCUAAUACCAACUCACUUGGAAAUUCUGCCCAGGACAUUUCACAAGAGAAAAUAGUAAAUGAAAAUUCUAUCCAAGACAUUUCACAUAAGAAAGAGGAAAAAGGAGAGGGAGAAUGAAGUCAUGGAAAUCCCUUAUGCUAUUUCAUUUGAAGAUAGCCAAGUAAAACCUGGCAACAGUAUGGUGUUAAGGAAAAAAAACUGGAAAGAGCACAUUGAGUUUUUUUCAUGUCCAUUCAAACCAUGCCAAGCUGGUUUUGUUUUUUAGUGAGAAAAUGAGGAGCGUCUUCUGCUGAAAAGUAGUAUUCAAGUGUGAGGCAGGUUUUAAGAAGGUCAAGACUAAUUUGUCUCAUGUUAAAAAAGGAAAAAGUAUAUAUUUAGUCAUAGUUGUAAAGACCACCAAAACUAUACUUGGGUAAUGCAUAGUAUGACCGUUAUCUUUUUAAAUGGUGUUGCAUCAUUUACUAUCAUCAGAUGCUAGUAGUUUAAACAGAAUAAGUUUCUUACAGUUUCAAGCUUGGAGAAUAUAUUCGUUACGUACAUACACCCACAAACAUAUGUGCAGUGACAUACAUAUACAUGCACAUGUGUGUAUAUGUUUGUGUAUGUGUGUGUGUGUACAGACUUGAAUAAUACUUUUUCAGCAGAUGGCACUCCAUUAAUCAUUUUCUCAUAUAUAUUUAUUUCUGUGUAUAUGUAUGUGUGUGUAUA